CACGUGCUGCACCCUCCCCUCGCCUCGCUGGCCUGAAGCAGCGACCCUCGUCUUUCUCCCCUCCCGGCCUCCCCUUCCCCGCCGCUCGACGACCCUCGCCUUCCAGAACCUUCCUUCCCAAAAUAGCCACCCCUACCCACCCCCCCUACUACCCUCCUCCUCGCGCUCGUGGCCACCACCCGUCCGCUGCUCCGGGCGCCGUAAAGAUCCCGUCUUGGCGCGGCUUCGAGGUCCUCCGCGCCUCUGGUUUCCUCCUGGCGUGUUGCUUUGGUCCCCGGUUUGUCGCCUGCUUUUUUUACCUGCACUUGCGGGUGGGGGAGAUGGUGUGGUGUUCUUGGCCGAAUUGCACCUUAUCUUGUUCCCCCUGCCCAUGCUAGAUGCUAGCCCCCCCUUGUCGCACAGAAGCUGCUCGUGUGUAUGUGUGCCCUGCAUAAGAGGGCAGCUUCUUGUUACAGUUCUUGGCUUACAAAUGAGCUUCCUGUGACCAUUUUUGGCAUCAGACUGUAGAUUCUAGUGUUGAUUAUUGGCUAGGACUAUUGUAGAUUUUGGGUAUGGACCCAAUGCCGAACCCCGUUAAGGAGGAGAGCCAUGGGGAGGGAAGCUUCUCGGGUGCGGCAGGGGAUGGGCCGUCCGCAGCUGCGGCACCGAGACCGAUGGAGGGGCUGCACGACGUGGGGCCGCCACCGUUCCUGACCAAGACCUAUGACAUGGUCGAUGACUCGACCACCGACCACAUCGUGUCGUGGAGCGCCACCAACAACAGCUUCGUGGUGUGGGAUCCCCACGCCUUCGCCAUGGUGCUGCUGCCCAUGCACUUCAAGCACAGCAAUUUCUCCAGCUUCGUCAGGCAGCUCAACACCUAUGGUUUCAGGAAGGUGGAUCCUGAUCGGUGGGAAUUUGCUAAUGAGGGUUUUUUACGGGGACAGAGGCAUCUCCUGAAGAACAUUAGGCGCCGAAAACCUCCUUCUCAUAAUGCUCCAAACCAGCAGUCCCUUGGGCCAUACCUUGAGGUGGGGCACUUUGGCUAUGAUACAGAGAUUGACCGGCUGAAGAGAGACAAGCAAUUAUUGUUGGCAGAAGUGGUGAAGCUAAGGCAGGAACAGCAGAACACAAAGGCAAAUCUCAAAGCCAUGGAGGAUAGACUACAGGGGACUGAACAGAAGCAACAGCAGAUGAUGGCGUUCAUGGCACGUGUCAUGCGGAAUCCUGAGUUCUUAAAGCAACUGAUGUCCCAGAAUGAGAUGAGAAAGGAGCUCCAAGAAGCCAUUUCAAAGAAACGAAGGCGUCGCAUUGACCAAGGACCUGAAGUUGAUGACUUGGGUGCUAGUAGCAGCCUAGAGCAAGCUUCACCACUUCUAUUUGAUCGCCAGGAGCCAGUUGAAUUCCUUGUUGAUGGGAUUCCAACUGAUCUCGAGAAUUCAGCUUUGGAUGCUGAAGUUCUGGUUGAGCCACGGGAUAUUGAUCUUGGUACCUCUGAACCGCAGCAUAAUAGGCCCCAGGGGGAGUUGAACGAAGAUUUCUGGGAGGAACUGCUGAAUGAAGGACUUGGUGAGGAGAACGACAACCCUGCUAUCGAGGAUGAUAUGGAUGUGCUAUCCGAGAAGAUGGGUUAUCUCAAAUCAGAUAGCCCGACAUCCAGGAAAUAAUUUCUUUCGCUGUAUCACAUUUCCAUCACUUUUUGUCAUGUUCAUCGUACCAGGAUCUGCAGCUUCCGAGUUCUAUGUGUCAGCAAGAUGGCAAUUGUUCCGCGACUUGGGUUCUUUUCAUGCCUGCUGAAUUCCUUGUCAAGGGGAGGGCUUCUUCCAUGAAAAUCGCGGGCAUCCCCCAUGGUGUCCGGGGGAGAACUGCAGGUGUAUCUUAUCUGACUGACUGUAGUGAUUCCCGCUUGCCACCUUCGUCACUCUUGUAUACAACAAGUGAUUUGUUGGUUGUUUAGGGCUUUAUGCCUGCCAGCAUGUACAGUGAGAAAUACUGUUGAUCCCUACAUGUUUCGGUCUGCGCUGUCCUAAUUGUCGUUUGUGUACUUUACUAAUGUGUGCAGUGUAUACUUUGUUGUAUUGGCAUUCUGAUGUUAAAGGUGUAGAGUUUGUAGGUGAACUCAAAAUAUCUCAAUGUAACAGCAGCUUUGCUAGGUGCAAUCCAUCUUAUUUCUCCUCUUA